CGUACAAAUGUUAACUGUCUUUCAAGGAAGAAAUUUUUUCAAUAGUGAUUUCAUAAUCGUACGGCAUUUCACGACGCGAAAUUUAAACUUGAUUCCCAUUAUGGCGCAGAGACUAGAAUAUUUAAAAUCCAUGUGGAAAAUGGCUCAAAACACAAACAACUUCGCUCAAUGCUUGAAAAAUGUAGAAAUACUGUCAAUUGGUGAUGGCAAAUGCAAAGCGCAAUUUACCGUGUUGAAAGAGCAUACAAAUAUAUAUGGCGGUUUAAACGGCGGUUUUACCAGUACUGUCAUAGAUACAUUAUCUGUAUACGCUUUGAUGACCGCUAAAUCUGGUAAUAUUCAACCUGGACUUUCCGUGGACUUACACAUAAUGUUUUUGAAUUCUGCAAUUCCUGGCGAAACGGUGACGGUCGAUGCUAGAACUAUACAGCACGGGAAAACUAUGAAUUUUGUCGCCGUCGAGCUCACGAAGAACAACGGCAAGGACAUUAUCGCCCGUGGACAACACACGGUGUUUGUCAAGCCACCGAAGACCGAAUAAAGCUACCGCUAGUCGAUUUACCGUAUUUAUUGGUACUCAUGGUGUGUGUGGUAAUAAUAUUUACAUAUAAUAAAAGAACGAUCAGUUUA